AUGGCAGGUCUCAAACUCAAAAAGCGAGCUCGCUCCCGAUCUCCUGAACGCGAUACUGAUAAAACUUACCGCAAACGAUCGCGAUCGCCCAGAAGAGAUAGAAGGAGAUCACCAAUUCGAGAACGAGAGCGCGAACCAGAACGAAGAAGACCUUCGCCUCCGAAGGCUACUGCAGAUGAUGAUUUAGAUACAGCUGGGAAGUUUGGUUCUUCUUCUGCUGCUAAAGCGCAAAAGAAAGAUGAAGAGAAAGCGAAAGAUGCUGAGCAACCAGAGGAGGAAGAUACACUCGAUAUAGCCAGCAAAUUUGGUGCAUCCGCAUUUUCGAAAUUUAAAGCUUCUUCUGCCUCAUCUUCCUCCAAACCUAAUAAUCAAACUACGGAUUCAAUGUCUGCUCCUGUUAGAACACCUGCAGCUUCGAUAUCUACACCCGUCACUGCUUCAGCGGCGCCUUCGAAUGAACCCAUGAUUAUCGUUCAUGUUAAUGAUCGGCUGGGAACGAAAGCUGCCAUUCCGUGCUUGGCGAGCGAUCCAAUUAGACUUUUUAAAGCGCAGGUGGCGGCGAGGAUUGGCAGACAACCGCAUGAAAUUAUGUUGAAGAGACAGGGAGAGCGGCCGUUCAAGGAUAAAUUGACGUUGGAGGAUUAUGGGGUGGGUAAUGGGGUGCAAAUUGACUUGGAAAUUGAUACUGGGGAGUGA